AGAAUAUCUCCUGAAUCUAAGCAAUGCUUCUAUCUUUCUUAACACACCCUGCCCAUAAGUGACGUGUGGGCUGCACACGCAGCCAGGGCUGGACCUGGGCCGGCUGGGAGGCCAGUGGGUCAGUUCUGCUGCUCAGCGAGCCCUUGGUGCUGCGAGAUGGCGAACAUCGAAGGGCGGAUGCUGACCGUGACUGCUGGCAGGAGCGUGGGCAUCGAGAUAAGCAACAAGACCAGCAGCACCCUUGAAAAUCCCAGGACUUACUGUUUCAGUGGCCAUGUCCUGAUUAAUCCAGAGGACUCCAUCCCCCCUGGCAAAUCGGGGAGCUGUGUGUUUGUGAAAACGAGCUACUCGGCCCGCGGGAGCGUGGGGGUGCUGAGCUACAAGUCCGAUGCCUUCACCCUGGCCGUCAUGUUCUCCAACCCCUUCGACCGCGUCCUCUACAACUCGGAGUUUGCCAUCGAGCUCUUCGCGGGCAGGAAGCACUUUGAGAGCAUGGAGCGUCUCUACCAGUAUAUGUACAACCACCACCCACCCUAUAAGUGUGAGUCCUUCGGGAGAGUGGAGCUCAAGGUGCCGGAUUACCAGCUAGACGUGACCACCCAGGGGAUCCAGGCAAAAGCCACUAUGUCCAAUGCGGAUAAGGCCAUCAUUAAAGUGGAGAUUGAAGCAAAAGAUGAUCACACAGACAACCCGAACUACCCAGGGAAAUGGCCCAUGUGAUAGACCAGCGUGGCAACUAGUGACUCCCAGCCUGAGCAGACAGUGAUGUGCUAACUCUGCACAAGUGAGUGCACUAAAAAUAGCCAGAGCCAUGUGGGUGCCCAUGCCACAGUGCCCAUGCUGCUGCUUUUAGUGCACUGGUACAUGUCUGUCUAUCAAUGUUCCCUCCAUUUUUUAACAUCCACGUGAGGAAUAAAAGUUGUUGUGUGCAGCGAGGCAGGUGCACAUGUGCACCAUCAGUAGAAACAUAAACCUAGCUGUGGGUGCUCUGCUAAUCAGCUGGGUGGCACCUGAAUCUCUCCGGGGUAAUCUUUCAGUGCACAGCUUCCAGGGAAGCUGCAUAAUCUACUGUCUACCCAGGCUGGGAAGUCUCCAGGCAUCCAGAGGUUGUCAUCAUUUUUUUUCUUGCUUAUAUUAUAAUUUCAGAUAUAAUAGGCAUAAUGAAACCCGCAGCUUCGGCAUUGGUCAUGGUUAUAAGACCCCAUGAAGCUUUGCAAAAAGGAAUACGAUAAAUGGUUCUAUUGAAUUAUUAGCAAAUGACAGUGAGCUUGCUAAGUGCAAACAUGUUUAAGAGUGUCACCUUGUGGUAUAGCCGCAUAGGUUGUUUUCGUUGCAUACAUGCUUGACUAAGCAAUGUAAAUAGCUGGUUACAGAUUGCAAUGGAAACAACAAGAAAGGCUAAGUACAUGAGAUCAGAUCCUAAGAAUGAAAGAAUGACCCUACUAGGUUGGCCCAAUGGUCUGCCUAGUGCAGUGUCACAUGCGUGAGAGGGAAUGAACCGAACAGGGCAGCUUUGAGUGAGCCAUCUCCUGUUGUCUAGUCCAGGGG